UUUUCAAAUCAGUUUUUGGCGGCACUCCAAGCGGUACAGACCGGUCAAAUCACCAUUUAGUGUAGACGUGUGUGACGUGAAUUCGAUGUUACGAAUGUGUGAGUGCGUGCGUAUGUUUAAGCGGGUAAAAUACACGUAACGUAAACAACACACGACGUGUUUAAGGGAAGUAGAAAGUGACACAUCGAAAGUGAAGAAGCUCCAAUAAAAAUUUAUUUUUGAUUUGAUGAAUGGAGCGUUGAGAAUCCUGUGCGCCAAAGGAUAUGCGCACUCAAAGAAGUUAAAGUGAAUUAAAAGCAAUAUUAAUUAAUUGAAAUUAAUAAUAAAAACAACAACAACAACAAAGUGUUUAAAAUGCAAAUGUUAAAUACAAAAUAUCUGAAAAAUGAAAAUUGUGCCAAAUUUGAUUGAAAGAAAGAAGAGUAUACCACAAAAUGUUCGACAUAAAACACUGCUGACCACCGCUAGGGCAACAAGAAUAAAACAACAAAAAGUAAUUUCCUUACACAAACGUUAAACACGUACAUUUCCGCACUUAAAGCAGCCAUUAGGCAUACAAAAAAAGCCCAGAAAUUGCAACUAAUCUCCGUUGCAUGAAAAUAAAAACACAACAACAACACUAGCAAUAACAAAAACAAAAGACAUUACCUUAAACGCAAUCAUUAUCAACAUGGAAGCGUACAACAGGAAUGCCACCCCCAUAAAUCAAAUCACUUCCACUGCCAAAGCCAACGCCAAAGCCACCAUCAGCUUUAAUACUAACACCAGCAACAACAAAAAUCACAACAACACCGCUUCCACCAACAACAUUUCGAGUGGCUCGGUUGUCUUUGAGAAUGGCACAAUCAUGGGUGCCGUCUAUGACUACAAUACGAGCUACGGCAGCAGCAAUUGUAGCAGUAGCAGCAGCACCAACAAUAGCAACAACAACAGCAUAAGUAGUCAUAGAAAUAGCAGCUAUUACCAACAGCCGGAAGGGCAGUUUGCCAGCAUACCGGAGAUUGUAAUCAACGGCAGCUACAACAGCCAUCAGAAUCUACACCACCAACAACAACAACAGCAACUGCAACAACAACAGCAAAAACAAUAUCAGCAAACAGAGGCUCACACGGGCGAUUCAUCGAGCAAUUGUGAUGAUUCUGCCAUUGAAAGCACCGCUCUACUCUCCUCCACCGACAACAACACCAACAGCAACAGCAACGCCUACGCAACAACGAUGAAUGGCGUUGUAGAUUUGGAUAGCGUUGAGGCAACGGACGCUGUGGUGAACGAUGAAUUCGAGCAAUUCCUGUUAAAUCGCAGCACCUCCGAUAGCAACAUACUCGAGUCUAGUAUUUAUAGCGAACUGCAAUUUCCGCCCUCAAUUGGUAGUCUCAGCAUUGGCGGUGGCGUGGGUGCCGCAUACGUAGGUGGUGGCAGCGGAGGCGGUGCAACCGGUGGUGGUGGUGGUGGCUAUAUGGGCUCAUCCAUGGCCCAACAAUGCCAACUGGCAGCCGCACGCGCUCAACUGCAAUUGCCGCCAUUGCCAGCGAUGAGCGCAUCAAAUGCUGCCGCCAACGCUACCAACACGAACAACAACAACAACAAUGCGAACACACACACCAAUGUAGCCGAACUGGCCGACCUGCUGAACACGAGCACCUGUUCGCGUGACUCCUCGUCGCGUGCCAGCAAACGCUCACGUACGCGCAAGUCGCACAAAUCGAGCAGCAAGGCGAAAUGGAAUGCGAAUGUCGCUGCUGCGAAUGCGGCACAGGGUGCUGCCACAGCGGCUGCUGCUGCCGCCACCUAUCCACCACAAUAUGCGGCCAUAUUUCUGGAUCAUGGCAAUAUGACGGCGGCUGCCAAUGCAAUGGGACAGAUUGCAAGUGCGGCGGCAGCCGGUUCGCCAUUCGUGAAUGCACCGUUGGUGGAUGCCGCAACGGCGGCGUAUCUGCAACAACAGCCAUAUCAGCUGAUCACAACGGCGACAGCGCCAUAUACGCAUCUCGGCAGGCAUCUGCACCACAGACGCUUCCUUGACACACCCACCGCUGUGGUGGACAAUCCGGCCGGUGUUAUCGUUGGUGCGACGUCUGUUGGUGGUGCUGGCGGUGGCGUCGGCGGCACUAGACCGGCUGCCAACAGCACAAUGGUCGGUGGUGCUGCCACCGCUGUCAGUUCCACCUUCCGCAAAUGCUUUUCACGUCCCAUUGUGCCCUUUAUCAUCGGCAUAUUUGCGCUUGGCGGCGCUGCGUGCACGCUGGGCGGUGUGGUGCUCGGUGCGACGGGCCUUAUUGAGCACACCACCCAAUACCUGAGCGCCUCACUGCUGAUGAUCGGCAUUGGACUGUCACUGCUCAUCGUCGCCGGCAUUAUUUGGCGCUUGUGCACACCGAGCGAUGCGGAUGAGUGCCCCUGCUAUCGCCUGAUGGAGACCUGCCGCAACUGUAAUAGUCCCUAUUGUAAUAAUCGUAUACUGCCCAGUAGUUAUUUGUAUCCAGAGUUUCAGCAUCGACCGCCACCACCGUCGUACUUGACGUCGUUACACGAGUGUGCGGCCAUUGGUUUAAUCAACGGUGCUGUCUAUAGUGGCCUACGUAUGAACACACCACCGCCGCUAUAUCGUUCCACAAACUCUUUAAGUGUUUUCGUGCCCGGCUCGAACAGCAAUACGCACACGCUGACCACAAAUACAUCCACCACCACCUUCACGCCCACCACAGUCAUGCCGAACAACAACAACAACAACAGUCAACCGCCACAAAAUGGGCCACCAAACUAUAUGCCACCUGUCGCGCUUCCCAACGCGACGACGCCAAUGACGGACCAGCUGCUGGCCGAACAAGUGGCGCUCAUUGAAAAUUUACAAACAACACAAAUGGCACUACAACAACAACAAAUCCAAACACAACAGGCGCAAGCGGCGUUGCUCAAAGAGAUCAACUAUCUGGAAAUGGAAUUGGAAUUGGACUAAGUAGGCAGUAGGGGAAAAGCCAAGCAAAAAUCUAUAACCAAUAUAUAUAUACAACAAGAACAAAUGUAAUAUGUUAGAACGUCAGCUACGGCAAAGUGAAUAACUAAAUACUUGUUUAGCAGUUAGUGGCUAGUAAAAAAGUGUGGACAACAACAAGAAACAACUAUACAUACAUAAACGCAUAUACAUAUAUACAAGUGUUCAUGUUUCAUAGAAAAUGUCUGGCAGCAGCUCAUAAGCUCAUCAGUGUGGCUGGGGAUCUGCUGUCAGACGACUGAUUUAUUUAGUUUUAAAUGUGUGUUUGUGUGUGAGUUUAGCGCUUAAGUUUUAGCUAUUAGCAAAAUAUGAAAUUGAUAUAGUAUAUAUAUUUAAAUUUAAGGCCUGUGCUCCAACACUGAACUGAAAUUGCACUUCUGGCUAAGAAGUCGACGACUUGUAUGUAACUGCGGCAACACAUACAUUCAGACUAAGCAGUUGCAUGCGAGUCUUAACUAAGGCUAUAGGGUAUUUCUAAGUACUAUAUAUAGUAUAUAACAAGUACACAUGUAUGUAGGUGUUUAACAAAUUUAAAUCAAAUUUACAACAACAAGUGCAAGAAGCUGUUAACUUUAGCAAACAAAUUGCAAUACAUGCAAAAAAUAAAAAUACAGUUAUUUAUAAGUGUGUGGCUUGAGAACACUUUACUGUUUAUUUUUGAUGAAUUUCAAUUCUUAUAAAUUCAUAAAUAUUCUAAUGCGUAUUUUAUUUAAAAAUAGAGAGAAAAAAAUAAGAAAAAUAUGCAAAAGCAUUACACAUACAGCCACAACAGUAGUUAUACAAAAAUUGUUUUAAAUGUAAAUAAUUGAAAGAAUAACAAAUAAAUGUACAUAAAUUAAAUAGUAUACAACACAUCAACAGCAACAACAACAAUACAUAUAUGCAACACCGAAAUAUAUACACCUAGUGUUAUCAAUUCACCUGUAAUCGUAUAUAGACACACAUUCAUACAACCAUAUAUAUGUAAACAUGCGUAUGUUUUAUAUAUUUCAAAUAUAUAAAUGUGAAUUUUACAUACAUACACAGCGAUGUAUGUACAUACAUAUGUGCUGGUAAACGCAAAGGAAUAUGUUUCCACUGUAACCUAUUCAUGAAUGUUGUUUUUAGUAUUUUUCUAUGCCAAAUUUUUUAAUAAAUAUAA